UUGCAUGUACGAUUUUUCUUCGAGAAUAUUUUUUCAGUGAGCCGCACCACUGGUCGCGUGUUAGUGUUGCAACGUGGAGCCACUGCCAAGUUCAUGCCGAAUGCAUUGGUGUUUCCCGGUGGCGUAGUGACUCCGUGCGAUGAAAAACUCGGUCAACCGACAAAAAUCGCCGCCAUUAGGGAACUUUUCGAAGAAACCGGGUUACUUCUUGGGCAAAAAGAAUCUGCAGCCAACUCUAAGGAACUUCAAGCUCUACAAGAAAGCACGAAAAAAGAUCCGGAACUUUUCAAGUUGGCUUGUACGUCUCCGCCACUCGAUGACUUGAUAGAAUGGAAUACGUGGUUGACCCCUUCAUCAUAUAAACGACGAUACAUGACAUCAUUUUUCAUAGCUCGAGUGGAAGGUGAGCCAGAAGUUCGUAUGUGCGAGCGAGAAAUGUCACACUAUUUUUGGAUGGUACCGGAAGAUUGCUUAGAAAAGGCUACUAGUGGCGAAGUCAUUUUACCUCCUCCUCAAGUUUACGAGUUGACCAGGCUUUCGCAAACACCCGGUGAGGAACUUUCGAAAUACAGCAACAAGACGCACGUGAUGUGCCCUCAAAACAUUACUACUGAGAGCUCUCCACUCAUUGCAAGCGUGCUGCCUGGAGACCAUCUUUACAUCGAUGAGGAUAGCUUCAAUCAGCCUCCCCGUACUUUGCCAUCAGAUGCUGCUCGUGUCGAUCCACACAAAUCGACGCAUCGGGCGGAGUACUUUGCAGAACCCUUGUACGCAAAAUGUAAAAUAUACAUGCAUAAUUUGUUACCCAAAUAUCGUGAAGAGUUUCAUCAGUUCACUACAGAGUCUAAGAAUCUGCAGCACUAA